CAGGGAGUUUUGCUUCCGGGUGGACUAAGAAAACGGGCAUUUCAAGACACAUUUCAACCGCGUCGUCACACCUGCCGGGAUGGAUCUUGGCAAAGCAAAGCUGCUUCGGUCGGGUCUCAACACGCUGCACCAGGCCAUCCACCCCGUGCACGGGAUCGCGUGGACGGACGGCAAGCAGGUCUGCCUUACGUCUCUCUUCAUCGUCAGCGGCGAGGUGAAUUUCGGCGACACGAACGUCAUCGGGCAGUUCGAUCACGUCCUCGGCCUCUUCUGGGGACCGCUGUGCUGCUCGGACUCCCCGGCCCUGCUGGCCGUCCAGCACAAGAAACACGUUACCGUGUGGCAACUGCAGCUCAGCGCGCUGGAGCAGAACAAGCUGCUGUGCACUCAGACCUGCGAGAUGAGCGAGCCGUUCCCUCUGCUCUCCCAAGGCUGCGUCUGGCACCCUAAACUGGACAUCCUGGUUGUGCUGACCAAGAAGGACACUUCUUUGCUGUUUUCCGUCAGAGUGGACAACAGGAGGAUCAAAGCGGACAUCAAAGGUAGUGGACUGAUCCACUGCGCGUGCUGGACUAAGGACGGCACGCGCCUGGUGGUGGCUAUAGGAAGUUCCCUGCACUCUUACAUCUGGAAUGACAUCCAGAAGAAUCUGGUGGCCUGCUCCUUCUGCCCCAUCUUCGACGUGGGGGGCUACAUCUGUGCCAUCGAGGCCACGGGGGAGGCUCAAGUAGCGGUGGCCACGGAGCUGCCUCUGGACAAAAUCUGCGGGUUGAAUGCCGGCAUGGCCUUCGACAUGGUGUCGGAGGCCGAGUCCCUGCAGGGCCGCGGCUCGCACGUGGCCCUGACGGAAGAAGACAGCGUUCUGGACUCGCGAAGGAGAUCUGAAUCUGAGAGUUCCUACACCCCCUGCUCAGGCCCUCUGGACCUCACCCACCUCCUGGCGAGGCACCGCCGCUCCGACCCCAGCCCCCUUCUCCACCUGCGUCGCAGAGACACCAUGACGGGCUCGGGCCAGGACUCCUCGCACCUCAUCCUGGUCACCUACGAGCGCAAAGUCACCACCAGCCGCAAAGUCAGCAUCCCCGGGAUUUUGGUUCCGGACGUCGUGGCGUUCGACCCGCGCGGCUCCACGGUGGCGGUGGCCUCCAACACCUGCAACAUGGUGCUGGUGUACUGCAUCACGGCCUCCGCCAUGCCCAACAUUCAGCAGAUCUCUCUGCAGGCGAACGAGAGGCCCAAAGGAGUCUGCUUCCUCAAUGACAAGCUGCUGCUGCUGAUGGUGGGCCGGCAGAAGUCCAACGACCCCGCCUUCCUCCCGUCUUCUAACACGGACAAGUACGUUCUCCGCCUGGUAGCCAAAGAGCUGAUGGCCGAUGGAGAGACUCCAAUCACGCCACCUGCUCACAACCGUGAGUCCGCUUGUAUUUUAAGCGCAGGGAUUAGGAGGCACUCGGAGCACCUAUCUAAGGACGACCGGGAGCACCCGGGGAUAAAGGACUUGGUGUUACCUGGUGGGGGAGUCGUUCGCUCUGCUGGUAACAGGCGCAGGCUGGUGGAGGAGUUGAGGAGCGGCGAGCCCAGCCCCGUCGCGAGCACCGUGGACUUCUUCGACCGAGCCCCGUCCAGCCCCUCGUCCGUCACGGUGGAGAACUUCGACGUGGACCACGUCAACCGCAUGAGCUGCCUGGCGGUGGCCGGCCAGGCGAGCAGAGACUCCAGCCGGGCCUGCUCCCCUCGCCACGAGCCGUCGGACAAGCUCCACACGGACCCGACGCUGCCUUACCCCGACCGGGCGAUGGGCCCCGCCAAGGAGCGCGCGCUGGAGCAGCUGGUUCUCAACAUGGAGAGGCUUUUCACGCGCUUCGCGGACGUGCAGCAGUGUCUGACGGAAAUCCGAGAUUACAACCAGAACGGCAAGAAGGCCCAGGGCGCCUACCCCAGCGCCUCCGAACCCCCCUAUGUCAACGUCACAUGUCAGAAGCAGCUGUCGGAGAACGUGUUCAUCGACGAGCGGCGGCCGGUGCUGCUGUGUGACGGGAAGCUGUGUCUGCGCGUCCUUCAAGACCUCUUCAACCUGACGAUUGUGGAGAUGACGUAUGGGCCGCUGUGGGUGGUGCUCGUGGCCGACGGAGACGGCUUCGUGCCUCUGACCUUCAAGCCCAAAGAGGAGCUCACGGUGCGGAACGGGAAGAGGAAAAGUACCCUGCGGACCCCCGGGAGCCCCGAGACCUCCGUCCCGUCCAGUCCAGGCCCCGGCCAAAGCCCCAACAUGACCGCAGACUUCUCCACAUAGUGCCUCCUCACACAGGUGUCAGUUGAUGGACUCACACAGGUGUAUCCUCAUAACUUAUGAAAUGAAAGCGUGCCCCAAAGAAUGCGUUUCCUUGGGACGUCUCGUUGGACUAAAUGCAGUUCCUCUACCGACGGCUCCGAGUAUGUUUUUAGAGACGUUUUAACACAUCCUGCUGUCCAGGUCCAAGAGCCAGUAGAGGCUUGAUUUUUGUUUGUUUGUUUGUUUGUUUGUUCUGUAUUUGUUAAUGGAGCGCUGCAGAAGUAAAAAAAUCUAGAUUUUUACCCCGUAAAAUGUCUGGAUUUUCACUUCUAUGCCGAAUGGUCUCACUCGAACGGAUGCACGUUGCACACGGGUUAGAUUCCGCAUUGCCACGCAACACUCUGGAAAUAAUAUCUAAAAUGUUAAUAUGAACGCAGUUUAUGCACCUUUUCUUCCACAUUUUGUAACGUCACCAAGCGCAGUGACACACAACCGACCACUAGAGGGGGCAAGACUCAACAGAAACGUCCCCGUCAUUGCAAUAAAGGGUCAAAUAUGUGUGAACAUAUGUCUUAAAAUAUAUAUAUUUUGCCAGCGUUUUCAAUAUUAAAUCUGCAUAACUAGUGUGCGCUCCUUUUCUGUGUGUGUCGCUUAUUUACACUCCGGUGAAGAAACACAACGCCA